GAACAAUUUGAUUUUUAUAAAAUAGAAAAGAUAAGCUAGGAUAUAUUAUUUGAAACGUAUUAUAUUUAUUUUGCAUUUGUUCAUACUGUAUAGUUAACAUUGAUACGUAUAUGUUAGUACCGAAAUUGAUUGACAUUGAUGAAUCACAAAUAAAUCAUCAUAGUAAAUUAAAAAAAUAUAAAAGUGAAAAUAUUUUCACAUUGUUUCAAUCACCACACGAAAGAAUAUUCUCGACGGAUUAUGAUUAUUCUCCAAGAAGAAAUAUGAAAAAGUUUGUUCCAAAAUAUUUACAACAACAACAACAACAACGUGCUUAUAGCUCUAAAAAUCGAAAUCGACGUCGAACAAGGCGUAAACAUUUAAGGAAUACUGACUAUGACAUAAAUAUAGAUAAUUAUAAUGAUGAUGAAAAUGAAUAUAACUAUGACGAUGAAAUUGAAGAUGUUGACGAUGUUGAUCAAAGCAGUGAAAAUCUAAGUAAACAUAAUUAUUUCAAUAAUGAACAGAAUUAUAUUAAGAAGAGAUCUAUCAUGCCUUCAAAUUAUUAUGCAGAUAUAAAAAAUAUUUUAACUUAUCAAAAUACAUCGGAUAGUUGUAUAUUUUAUUUAACAUUGAAUUCCAAUAAAUUAAUUGGACCAUUUAUAUUUCAUCCACAUUUGAAUCAGGAACAAGACAAAUACACAGAUAUAUUUAUGCAAAGCGGAAAAAUAAACGCCUUUAAUCCUAAAGAUCUUUUAAACAUGAGAAACCAUGGUGUAAUUCCGGUGAGUAAAGUACAAAUUACUGAUCAAAUUCUUGAUGCUGCUUAUGAUUUAGAACGCUUCAUACUUGACGAAACUAGAAGAAUUCAUAAUUCUACAAAUUCUCCUUAUGUUGAUCAUAAUUUAACACAAAUAUUCAAUGAUUUAGUUGGAAAUACACAGUUUACUAUUACAGCUACACCAGUGGUACAAAACGAAUUAUUUGUAAAAACUUCAAACAAAAGUUAUAAAAAGCAAAUAACCAAUCUUUACCGUAUUUUAGAUGAAUUACGUGAACAAAUAAGUGAACUAAAAGAAGAGAAUAAAAAUUUACGCACACAAUUAGAUGAAUACAAAAAUUGGGCUGAUAGAAACCGUGAACAAAGAUGCAUUGAAGGUUCAGAUGAAAAAGUCAAUGAAUCGACAUUUACAUGGCAUGCAAAGUUAAACGCCCUUUUAGAUCAAUAUAGAUCAGAAAAUGAAAUUCUAAAAUCUCAUAAUUACACGCUUAAUCAAUCUCAGCAAGCAUUGUAUCAAGACCAAGAGUUAAUGCAACAACAGAAUUAUAAAUUGAAACAACAAGUUGAUGAACUUAAAAGAUCACAGAAUCUUAUCUUAGCCAGAUCUCAAUCGGUAUUACGUGAAGAAAGAGAGCGUAUGAAUAGAGAACAAGAAGAACUUAGUCGAGAAUUAGCAAAUGUAAAAAAAAAACUGGCCCAAUCACCAACCCAAUGUCCUAUUCAUAAUGGAUAUCGAAGGUCCAAUAUACCAGUUCCGAACAAUGAACCAAGCAGAAUAAAGAGAGUUCGUAUCUGUUCUGCUGCGCAUUCAUCUAGGUUACCAAGAUUGAAUAUUCCUGGCCACACAGUUAACGUACCAAUAAAGAGAUCUAAGAAGCCAGAGAAUCAAACAAAUUAUAUUUCAAGUGGUGCAGCUUACGCAAAACAAGACAUGAAUAGACAAACAAUACACCAGACAAAACCAACAAAAUAACUUAUGUCUCUAUUGUACUUUUCACACAAUAAUAAAACUCGUCACAUAGAUGAAUUCUCUAUUUUUUUAAACCGUCGAAAGUAAAUUUACUAAUCAUUUUAAGUAAUAUGUUUACCACGAGAUAAUGUAGUGAUUUAUGCUUGAAAUAGUUAUUAAGUAGGGAAAUCGAUAGUAUUUUUAAGACUCAGAUUGUGUGCUUACUAAAUUGUCUUAAGAAAAAACAGAUGCUAAACAAACAAACAUUAAUAAACCGAACAACGAACUUGGCCCUUGACACAAUGAAACAAGUGCACAAAAACUUUAUUACAAAAGUAGUUCUAAGGUGAGGUCAGUAAUCACUUUAUGAAUUCACCUUUAGAGUAUCAUAUUGUGAUUAUUAUUUGCCACAAUGAGAUCAAACAACACGGUAAGAAUCCAGACCUCAUUGGGUUAACAAAUUUUUGCGAAAUCUCUCUUAAAAAUAAAUAGAUGUGACAUAAUCCAUCAGAUAUAAUUAGUAUGGA